CGUCUAGACUUCUUAAACGCAAGCGGAGACGGCAUGAGCCUGAAACAAGCUUGCAUCUUCCUCCGAGGGGGCAAAAACCGACAAAGAGAUCUCACUCACGAUGAGGUAGAAGAGUUACGUGUGGCUUUUGUGGAGUUUGACAAAGACAAAGAUGGCUUCAUUUCCUGCAAAGACUUGGGCAACCUGAUGAGGACGAUGGGCUACAUGCCAACUGAAAUGGAGCUGAUAGAACUCAGCCAAAACAUCAACAUGAACCUGGGAGGACGGGUGGACUUUGAGGACUUUGUGGAACUUAUGAGCCCCAAGCUCCUGGCUGAAACCGCAGGCAUGAUCGGUCUCAAAGAACUAAAAGACGCUUUCCGAGAGUUUGAUGUCGACGGCGAUGGUUCGAUCACGUCGGAUGAGCUGAAGCAUGCCAUGUUGAAAUUACUGGGCGAACAAGCCAGCAACAAAGAGGUCGAAGCAAUGGUCAGAGAAGUGGACAACAACGGGGAUGGUACUGUUGACUUUGAGGAGUUUGUCCAAAUGAUGUCAAAGAAGUGAAAACGACAAACACCUGUGGAUGCUUUAACCCA